AUGGAACAGUACAACACUAAAAGUGCAGGCGUCAAACGUCUUAUGAAAGAAGCGAUAGAGUUACGGGAACCAACAGAAAUGUACUCAGCUCAACCCUUAGAGCCUAAUGGCCGUUUCGAGUUGAACAAAAAAAUCUGUUUGUCAAUCUCCGGUUAUCAUCCAGAAACAUGGCUACCUUCUUGGUCAAUAAGGACUGCACUUCUUGCUCUGAUUGGCUUCAUGCCAACUGCUGGUGCAGGUGCCCUCGGAAGUCUCGAGUAUCCAGUAGCUGAGCGAAAAAAGUUAGCAAAAAAGUGCGUUGUUCUUAGUCUUUUCUGUCAAUUCAGUGAUGAAGAAGAGAAGAAAGCUGCCGUAGGAGAAGUAGAAAAGUCUGAUUCGAAUUCUAUAAAGUCUUCCAAUGGAAUUAGUGUUAAAGAGAAAGACAAUUCCUCUAAACAAGAGGAACCACUACCACCAUCAUCUCAGAAUCAUGAGGAAGCAGCCCCAACAGCGGAAGAAGUCUCUCACAUGCCUGAACCUUCACCUUCUUCAUCUAGUACACAGCCACAGCCAGAUCCCAUUAUAACUGCAAAUCGUUCAACUCCGCCGAUUCAUUCAGAAGAAUCGUACGUAUCUCUCUUCAUCACUGUUCCAGUUUGUGUUGUGCUUUUGUCCAUUUUUGCGCUUCUUUUAGCCAGAAGAUUUUUACUCAAAGUUUAA